GACGCCAAUGGCAAGUUGGCGAGUUUGUCGUUCAUACAUCUUUCGAGAGGGCAGAAGAAGCACAGUCGCAAUUUAGGCGGACUCCCCGUUGGUGAAGGUGCUUAUGAACGCUUCUCUUUUGACUUCGCUCUUCUUCCACGUCUGCUGAAAGUCGGGGCACACGGAAUUCCUGGGGCUGAUGUGGCUCAGGUGGCUUCUCUUCUUUCCUCAUCUGAAGCGUCCCUGAACCUUAACCGGGCGACACCUGUGCUAGGAGCCUGAGAGAAAAGCACCCGGAGUGCUGUCCCCGAGGCCAACCAGAUUUGAUUGAUUUAUUAUUCUUCUUAUUAUUAUUUUUAAGAGAGAAAGCGAGAGACUGCCUAAAGGACCGCGACACACUCCAAAGUUGAAACUGUGGCUAAGUGGAACAUGGAGGUCGAUGGUCCUUCGUGGAAACUCAGCGUGCUGUCGUUGACCUGCCUGUGGGGCUUGUCAGCUUCUCCUCGUGCUCAUCUCCAUCCAAUCUCUCCUGAGGGCUGCAACUCCAGCAUCUCAUCAGCAUCAAUGUCUCAGGCAUUUGGGCAGAGAUUCUGAUGCCCCAAACCCAUUUUGAUGUAUUGAAGGGUCAGAUGGUGGUUCUGAAGGCUUCAUACAACACAGUCCCUGGUAGCGACCUGAGCACAAACACCAUCCUCUGGAACCUUGUCUCCAACAACACUCAGCUGAUAAUUUCUUACACCAAGGGCUCCAUCAGCGUGGGGAGUUCCCAGUUUAAGGGCCGAGUUGGGUUCACCUCUAGCAUGCCCUCUAGUGAUGUGUCUCUCUUCGUCAACAACACCCAGGAGUCAGAUUCAGGACGUUACCUUUGCCAGGUCAUCAUCCCAGAUAACCCUGGCCUCACUGCUCAGCUCAGCCUGGAUGUCAAAGUGCCUCCUGCUGUCCCAAAGUGCACUUUAUCAGGGAAACCAGUGCUGAAAGGAAAUGUGACACUGAGCUGCAAGUCUGACAGCGGGAAGCCAAUUCCAUUGUAUAAGUGGACGAAAACCAGUCCCCUCUCUGAGGUCUUCUUCUCACCCAUGCUCAAUGAGAAGACAGGCACUCUGAAGCUGAGUAACCUGAGCAGUAACAUGUCAGGGAAGUACGUGUGCACUGCCAGCAACACAGCCGGAUCCGAAAGCUGCUUCAUCAACCUAGAGAUAUCCUCCUCCAAUAAGGUUGGGGUGAUUGUCGGCGCCACUGUGGGCACAGUGGUUGGCUUCCUCUGCCUUUUACUCAUUUGUGUAUUUUUCCUGAUGAAGAGGCAACGGGAGAACGAAGAGGACAUGGCAAAUGAAAUCAAAGAGGAUGCUCAGGCUCCCAAACGUGUGUCCUGGGCUAAAAGCGGAAUGGGUUCAGAUAUCAUCUCCAAGAAUGGCACCUUGUCCUCCAUCGCCUCCAGCCCACAACACAGAGAGCCCUCACACCAACAAAACAGCCACCACCCUUUGCAGCACUACCCCCAGCGCCCUCCUUCCGACACAGCCUCCAUCAUCACAGCCACCGGCAGCACAGCCGGCUACCGUCCGUCACGCCAUCAAGGAGCCUCCACCCCGACCCACUAUAGCUACAACAGCAACACCACCCUACCACGUGACCAGCCUGUCUCUUUGGAGGCCAACACCAAUGGCGGCUCCCAACCCAGACCAGAGCGUUACACCCAGCUUCCACAAGCCCAGAUGCUCCAGCAGACCUAUAGCCAUCCUCAGCUACAGCUUCAGCCCACUCCACCCCCUCCGCCAUUUCCUUCCUCCACACUCACAGGCUCCAACAUCACCCGCAUGGGCGGGGUGCCCAUUAUGGUGCCUGCGCAGAACCAGGCUGGAUCACUUGUCUAACAACAGCCAUUACUUGCAACACUAUGCUGUUAACUGUGGAAUAAUGUCCCUUUACUUUCCUGGAAGGGUUCAUCUGAAGUUCUUUUUAAUGGAGCACCUGGUUAUUAUUAUUGAGCAAAGAAUUCAAGUAGUUAAAAUUUUCAAGAUUUUAGGACUCACUCCUUGUUUAAGGUAUAUAUCUAUAUUUUUAUAUUCUUUAUGAACUCUAUGGCUACAUUGCAAAUGUUUCAAUUGUUCAUUGUUCAAUCUUUUGUACCUUACAAUUUUUACGUUUUUUUAUUUUUUAUUAUUGUCAUUCGAUUUCAACAGCUUUGAUUUGUUACACGUUCUUUCAUUAUCUUUUUUUUUUGCCUUUUGUUUAUUAAUAUAUUACACUCUUAGACAAUUGUCUUAAUACAUUCAUUUAGCUACAUAGGCAGAGCACUAUUUGGAAUUGAUUGAUCGUAACUUGACACAAGCACGCGUUCAUGUUUAAUUAGCAUUUUAGCUUCAGAGGCUCCAUCUCCAAUCGUGAAGUGCACUUUACUUUUAAAGCACGUUCGUGAAUACAAAUCAACCGUGGUAGAGGUGCAUUUCUUCACUGAAAAAGUGAUGGUCAGAAACUAAAGAAGCCAAUUCAUUAAAUGGAAAAACUAACACGAAUAAAUCUUAAUUAAAACAUGUCUGACUAUUGAACAUGCAGCAAGGUUGAACAAUUAUAUUACCAUUAACAUAAUUUCAGGUAUUUUAAGUUAAAAAAUAUAGCAUAAUGUAUUAAGUUGCAUUGAUUCAAAGUUUCAAGCAGCACAAUAAAUGUAAAUAUGGUAUUUAUUUAUUUUUUUAUUAUUAUUACAAUGCGGAAAGCAAUAGUAUGUGGGUAUAACCUCAGAUUAUGUGUUAAGUUAUUUCUGCCUUGAACACUGGAUACUGAACCAAAGAAAAACAGUAUGCAUACUAUACAUUCUUAACAUACUUCAUUUUAAUUUCCUGUUCAGCUUGGUAUAAAAUAAUUGAAAUAAGUAAUUCUCAUCUGGUAAACAAAAAUGUAUGAAAGAUGUACAGUAUUAUGUAAAAUGAUCUGGAAUGCUGUAUUGUCAUUACACUGGAGCAAAUAGUCGUGUUCUGAUACUGUAUUCUAUUUUUUGUGGCUUGGAGAUAAAGAAAAACAGUUUUGUUUUUUUUAAAGGAUAACGAAAAUGGGCAAUGAACUGACCCCUUCUAAAGUGAAAACAUGAUGUUAGUUGCAUCUCAAAGCUGUGGUGUUAUGCAAAAAUGAAAGAAAGAAAAAAAGAUUCAUCAUUGCUUUAUCAAGUGACGAUGAGAAUAACUCAUUUGAUUAUAAAUACAGCUACAAUUCACCAAGGUCAGUAUUUGAAAUUCAAAUUUGUGCAUUAUGAACAAUAGAAUUGAAAAUAUCUCCAAAGUCUUUACUUUCAAAAAAAAAAUACAGUAUAAAGUGCACCACAUAUGAAUAUUCAAUGUUUUUUGGUUUGUUUGUUUGAAUUGAAGUGCUAUCCAAUAAGAUGGACGAUACUAAAUACUGUGGACAAACUGGUGGCCAAAUGUGCUUAUUUCUACCGGUGGUUUCAGUUUCAGACAUAGAUGUGCACUUGUAUCUUCUAUAACCAUCUUAAUAAAAAUGCUUUGUAUGAUAUUUUCAAUUAAAAAUUAUAUGAGAAGUGUGUGUGCGUGUGUGUGUGUGUGGGUGCGCGCACUAGUGGCAGGGGUUAAUAUUGUGUGCAACUGUGCGCACACACUGACCUUGGCAUACAAUACCUGUUUCAUAAGUGGGGCCGGCCAUACGCUGGAGCAAGAGGGGGGCACGGUUCCCUCAAACAAACGCCAUGCCCCCUCAAGUCAAAUCCACCAACCUUCCUCAACUAUGUCUCCUCCUCUUUGUGCUUUGUGCCGGCUGUCUGUGCAAGUCAGUAACAGCGACCUUUGAGUAUUGCCAAUAUACUGGAGUUGAUGUGUGGCCAUAUUUAGUCACUUCACUACUGACCACUUUAUCAAUGAUUUUUUUGAAUGCAUUAGGUCCCCUGUUUAUGAUUGUCUUAACCUAAAAUGUACCAUGGUUAAAAAUGGCGUGUAAUGAACCAGUGUGCAAGCCAACCACAGGAGUAAAAGUAAGCAUUUUUUGUUUUUGUGUUUUUGUUCCUUAUCUUUUACCCAUCCAUUUUCCAUCCCGCUUAUCCUCGC